AUGUCGCUUUCUAUGUAUAUCUUACACUUUCUCUUUUCCCUUUCUAAUUGUUUUUCUUUUUUAAUUCGUUCUAUCCAUCUCGGUGUUAUCUCUCUAAUCUCUCUCUCCCCUUCUUUCUGUUUAUUUACUUCUUUCUCUCUGUUUCUUCCCAUCUCUCUCAAACCCGCUUUGUUUCUUUUCCUCUCUUCUGAUCUUUUCUUUGCUCAUAUCCCUCUCUCUGUUUCUUUCACUUUCUCUCCCUUUACGUUUAUUUACUUCUUUCUCUCUGUUUCAUUCUCUAUGUUUCUUCCCAAGUCUCUCACUCUCCCCUUGUUUAUUUUCCACGUUUCUACUGUGUGUGUAUCUUCCUCGCUUUCUCUCCCUCUCAAUGAGUUCCUUUCCCUCUCUCUGUUUCUUUCUUUUUAUCUCUCUUUUCUCUAUCUGUUUCUUCCCUGUAAUCACUCUCUAUGUUACUUUGCCUAUUUCCAUCUCUCUGUUUCUUUCUCUUACUCUCGCUUUUCUCUAUCUCUUUAUAAUUCCCCGCUUUUAUUCUAUCUUUCUAUUUUUUGA